UGCAGUCUUCUGUCUCCUCCACCUGGCGCCGCGUGCCUCACCAGCCAUGUUCAGCCACCUGCUCUUACUGUUGUGUUUGAUAACCGGAAGUCUGGGUGCUGUCCCGUGUCUGUGUGAAAAUCAAGACCUCGAGGUACAUCGAGAUUCUACCGCUAUUCUAAAUUGUGGUUGCCUGAGCAAAGAGAACAGCAUAGUCUGGAGUAUAAAUGGAGAGUUGGUCACACAGUGUCCAUCAUUUUCAAACGAAGAAAAGCAAGAAACGUGCAAAACUUUAAAUAGUCGCUACAAUAUUUCCGCGAAAAGAACAUCUGCAUCAUCAAGUGUGCUCACAGUCAGUUCUGGUUCCUUAUCCAAACUGAACAACGUGAGCUGUGCAGUCCCGGAAACUGAAGAAGAAACAACUUGCAAAGUGGACUUGAUAUACCCCGCUAACGAGUCGUCCUGCCAUGUGAAGGUGGACACAGGUAGAGACACAGGUGGAGACACAGGUGGAGACACAGGUACAGACACAGGUAGAGACACAGGUGGAGACACAGGUACAGACACAGUGUCAGCUCAUUGCAGCAUCACCAAGGCGUAUUCAGCUAAUGGACGAUACAGGUGUGACCUGUAUCAGGUCCUGCAGAAUGAAACGAAAUCACAGCUUCUUAGUACAACCACAAUAAAGACAUUGUCGAGAGACAGCGAGGGCGACAUGAGAGGAGAAUGCUCUAUCACGGCACGAGUUCUGAGGGGAGGAGAGCUUAAGAUGCUAAUCACCCCAGGAGGGGUGGAAAUCAAUUUAAAUAGAAACGACGACCCCAAGGACAUUUCCACCACAUUUCCACAAGGACAUUUCCAUCCAGGGCACAUAGGUCUCCCCACAGACCUCCCUGACAAAGACAGUACGGUGCCUCUAGAGCUGACCACUGACCACGUGACGACCUCAGGCGGUGCUACAACAACAAGCCCACCUGACGUCGCUACCACGUGCACACGUAACGUCGCUGGGUGGUUCGCAGGGGGAGUCUGUUUAGGACUCCUCAUUGCGACAGUGGCGAUCCUCUGCUGUAGAGGAAGGUGGAAGGUACACCCCGAGGUAGCCAACGCUAGACCACAAGGAGAUUCUCAGUGUCCGUAGUUCAACGCUUUGCCUGCUUACCCCGGGUGCUGAAUAAUUGUUCGCAAAGCCACUGCGAGAUGAAGUUGUUGGAUACGCAUUUGACACGCUUUUGCGAAGUGAUGACGUGUAACUUCAAACGAUCGAACUAUAGUAUUCAGCGAUCGAGGGGUCAAGGUAAAGUUCACGUUUAAAACAAAGGAAAAGUAAAGGACUGAUGUUGUGAGGUGACAUUUUUAGUAUAGCAAUGCACUAACUGAAACUUAAAAUGUAUCAUACGUUUCUCAUAUAGGCCUAGAUGUAAAACACCCAUUUGCUUAUUCUGUUACCCUCGUAAAUAAAGAUUUAUCAUUUGUCAACAAUAAGGUAAAAAAGUUGUUGUUCCACCCUGGCUUUCGUUCUGUCAGACAUUCUUAAAACCAUAUUGAAACAUGUAGAAUCAAAGCUCAAAGUCCAACAAAGUUUACUCAGAACCUUCAGAGGGCAUGUAGAACAAACUGUAUUAUACACAAUAAUAAAAUAUGUAAUAAAUGCACAGUAUAUUUCAAGAACUAAAAUACACAGAGAGUAAACGAAGACAAAAUAAUUAUAUAUAAAUGUUCACUAUGUACACAAUAACAACUUUGAUCUUACUUCUUUUUCACCAAAUUUGCUUUGAUGUUGGAAAUUAGAUUAUUCUUAUAAAUUUUGUUAAAACAUCUCUCCGAGUGCUACCAGAUAUUGAAACUUGUAUGAGAUUAGAAUAUUCCAGCAGAAUUCGCAAAAUAAUUUACAUCAUGCUCUUUUCAAAAACUCCCAUAAAAGCAUAGAGUGGUAUUCGUACCCAACAUCAUUAAGAUGGCAUUUUUUUUGUUUUGUACAUAAACACACAUUUUACAUAAUAUAAUAUUUUCACAUGUUCUUUACUCAGUUUCAUUGAAGAUUCAACAGCAUUAAAUAAUAGUUAUUGCAGAUUUUUAUGUUGUUAUCCAUUUGUAAUAACUUUUAGUGAAUAAACAUAGCAUUGAAAUAAUGGUAAUUGUAUAUCAGCUCAUUGUUUUUCUCAACACCAUAUUUGCAUGAAAGGUUACAUACAGUUGUACCAAAGCAUAAAAAAGUGUCAGUAAUACAUAUAUCUACAGAGUAAUUAUCUGUACAUAAAACUGAGUCUAUUUGUAUGGUAGAUAUCAAAGUACUUAUAAACAUAUACAACAGACAAAACCAUUCCACGUGUAUCUUUCUUUUUCUCCAAUUCUGUAGUUACAACAGUGUUACUAUAAAUUUUACCUUCCCAAGUUUUAGAUUCCGAAGUAUGAAGUAUUACAUCAAGAAACAUGAAUGAUUUAAUAAAGUAGCAAAGAUAGAAUCUUUUGCCACACACGUGUCCAUGAACAUGACUCCAUCCUCUAUUGUUUAUCAUUUUAACGGCAAGUUUAUUAAUAAAUAGAAAAAAUGGCUACAGGCAUCCCUGGUGGACACCAGAAGAAAAAAUAUGUCCUAUAAGAAUAUGUCCAUUUCUAAAGCAAGCUUUCACACCCAAAUACUGUUGAAUACAUUAAACGAGUUUUAUAUUUACAUUCUCGAAAGAUGAAAUGUAUAUUUAUAAAAUCCUAUCAGUUUUCAAUCUGUAAAUGAUUCAUAAAGUUUGCAAUUAAAGUUGAAGUGAAAUGGAAUUUUGAAACCAGCCUGAUAUUCUCAUGUAGUAUUUUUUAACCCAAUCUUAUAGUUACUUUGGGUAAGUGUGCUACAGAGAUUGUCACUCAUAACACAGACUAUGCUUAUAUUGUGAUGUCAACCCACUAUUUAUCAAAUAACGUAAAAAAUUCAUAAAGGCAUCAACUUUUCUCACCAUUACUACAAUUACUCAUCACUUUGCGUGGUGGCACUUUCCUAGGUUUUCAUUGUUUUUUACACACUGGCUAAUACUGUGUGUUGCUUUGCGUUGUUUUUUUCUUGGAAGGAGCUGGCAGCUUUCUGAUAAAUUUCUCUUUUUUUGUAUUAUCAGAAAAUUUAGCAUUUAUUGGUUUUCUGCCACUUUGCAAGCACUGUCUGCCCCCAACAUAUGUUCAUCCUUAUUAUUUUCCAUUUCUUUUAAAACUUUGUCUAUGUUCUUUUAAAUUGUUGUAUUACUUCAAUCUGUCUGUUAGUGGUAGGGAUGUCAAAUUCAUCCUCAGAGUCAUGUUUCAGUAUUUCCUCAGUCCUGUUGUUGUUGUCAGCUUCAAGUGGUGUGUUUACUGUUUCCAAAUUUGCACUCAAAGUAUACGGUUCAGGGAUGUCUUCUCGAUCAUCAACAAGAGGCUGGAACCAUUCCUGCUGAAUACUAUCAUGUCCAGUCGCUAGCUGGAAGAAAUGUCUCCUUGCUUUGACAUCCUUAACAGGAAAUAUAUUACAUGAAGAAAUAUUAAAAAAUUUUAUAACAGCAUGCUGGUGCUUGCACGGUGCACCUGUCAUGCCAUCUGGGCAAGAACACAUGUCUGUGUUCAUGUCUGCUUGGUAUGACUUACCAUGCUCCCUCUCACUUUCAACUUCAAAAUGAAGAUCUCCUACAGCCUGAACCAUUACCCUCUUAAUGUUUUCCG